CCCCAAGAAACAGCUAAAAAGGGCAAACCACACGAAAAGCCAAACAACAAAAAGUCAUCCUUCAGCUUUUGAAACUCCACACACUUCACCACAUUUCCUCCGUUCCAUGAUCCACAAGUUUAGUUCCGGUUCUGGCCGCCGGAUCUUAACCUACCCGGCGGUUCACCCCUGCGAGUCCAUCUCCCCUCUCGCCCUCCUCGCGUCCCUCAUCGAACUCGGGAACUCGAUCUGCUCUUACAAGUCCAGGCCCUUCUCCAGCAACCGACGCAACGCACUUGAUACGUUGCGCAAUGUCGGGAACCUCCUCGUGUUCCUCGAGGAGAUUGACCCGUCUGACCUGCCAGAUUCGGCCCUCCUUGGGCUAUCGGAGCUCCACCUCGCCUUCCAGAAGAUUCGCUACCUGGUCGAGGACUGCACCUGGGACGGGUCCCACCUGUGGAUGCUGAUGAAGGCAGAGCGGGUGGCAAACCAGUUCCGGACGUUGAACCGGUCAAUGGCAAUUGCCCUUGAUGUCCUACCUCUCGAGUUGAUCCAAGUGCCUGGAGAGGUCAAGCAGCUUGUGAAAUUAUUCGCGAGGCAAUCCCGAAAGGUACAGUUUGAGGUUGAUCGUCGCGAUCGAGAGGUAAUCUCUGAUAUGAAUUCGAUCUUGGGUGAGUUCGAUGGCGGGGCGGUCCUCAGAAGGCAUGUUCUGAUUCGGGUUCUAAAGUAUAUCGGUGUCACAAGCUGGAGUGAGUGCAAUGGCGAGGUUAGAUUUUUGGAUUCAGAAAUUGGGUUUGAAACCUCGAGAGAAGAGAAGAGGGCUAAGGAAAUAGUGCUCUUGAGUAGCUUGAUCGGGUUUAUGAGUUAUUGUAGAUGUGUUUGCUUCGAUCUUGUAGAUCAUGAAGCAAGUCGACCGUCUGAUGCACAAUGCUGUAGUGCCACUGGUAAGAUUUUUGGUAACAUCAGCUCCGAUGAUUUUCGGUGCCCGAUCUCUCUUGAGUUCAUGGUGGAUCCCGUGACAACUGUGACAGGCCACACCUAUGAUAGAUCAUCUAUUCUGAAAUGGUUCCGUGCUGGAAAUCCGAUUUGCCCCAAGACUGGCAAGAGGCUCACAAGCAAGGAGCUGAUCCCGAAUCUCACGAUGAGGAGACUUAUCGAACAGUAUUGUGCCGAGAAUGGGAUCCCCAUUCCCGAAUCUGCAGGUUGCAAGAAGAACCGCGAUAUUACGGGAACAGCCAUUCCUGGGAGCCGAGCAGCUGAGGGUGCCAUGAAAUUGGCUGCUCGAUAUCUUGCCGGAGAGCUGAAAGGCGGGACUCUCAGUGAGAGGAACAAAGCUGCUUACGAGAUUCGGCUUCUUGCAAAAUCGAGCAUAUUCAAUCGGUCUUGCUUAACAGAAGCCGGAACUAUUCCUCAUUUGUUGUGUCUCCUAUCUCCUGACGAUGCAACAGCCGAAGAAAAUGCUAUUGCGGCUCUUUUGAACCUCUCGAAGCACUCGAGGAGCAAAGCAAUUAUAGUCGAGAACGGGGGAUUGAAGCCCAUCAUCGAAGUUUUGAAGAAGGGUCUCAAAUUCGAGUCUCGGCAAUAUGCGGCUGCCACUAUUUUUUACCUUGCUUCAGUCGAGGAGUACAGGAAAUUGAUUGGGGAAAUUCCCGGAACCAUCCCAAUUUUAGUGGAGAUGGUGAGAGACGGGACGCAUCGAGGCAAGAAGAACGCUUUGGUUGCUAUGUUCGGGCUGCUGAUGGACAAAACCAACCACAAGAGGGUUCUUUUGGCGGGAUUAGUCCCAUUGCUAGUCGAGCUCUUGAAGUCAUGCGAUAGAGAAGAUCUAUUCGUUGAUUCUUUGGCCAUUUUAUCAAGCCUUGCUGAGAGAAGGGAGGGAGCUGUGGCAAUUUUACAAGCUGGGACUACGCAUACAGUUAUGGAGAUACUCAAGACCUGCACUUCGAGGACGGGGAAGGAGUACUGCAUUGCCUUGCUGCUCUCUCUCUACAUCAAUGGAGGGCAAGAAGCUAUUGCUGACUUGGUGAGGAGCUCGUCUCUAAUGGAGUCUCUGUACUCUCUGCUCAGCGAAGGGACAUCCCGUGCGUGCAAGAAGGCCAGUUCUCUUAUAAAGCUCCUGCAAGAGUUCUACGAGAAGAGCUCCUGCGGUUCUCUGUCUCCUAUACUCUGGCAAGAACAAUUCGUCCAUGCAUGGUAACUAAUAACCAAGUUUUUGAAAGGGUAUUAGUUCAUCCAAUGUUUCUUUUCCUUUGCAUUAUAAAUUGUAUAUAGGACUCUGGUGUUUGUUUUGGUUCGGGUUAGCUUGGUUUUUGAAAGAGCUAAUCAGUUGUAUCCGUACGGCUUCUAUUUUUUGUGCACGAAGCUGUUUGUAAACGUAUCUCAUUCUUUUGGAAGUGUAAAGAAGAAUCAAUAAGAUUGUAUUACAGUUCUCUUAA